AGGCAAAUAACGAGCAGGUUUACGGCAGCACCAUUUUUUACGUAAACCUACGUCACGGCACAGACGUAGUGCAAGGGCAGACAGCCACCGCAGUCACAAACCGAGCAUCUGUGCAAAUAGACAGUGUUAAUUAGCUUAAACUAAACUAGGGGUGCUCGACGCGAAUUUAAACCUGUUUAUGCUAAGCACAGGGUAAUACAUCCUAAAUGGAAUCUGCUCGUGCGGAAACGUGCUUGAUAACAGGAGGAUGUGGAUACUUUGGCUAUCGGCUGGCAGCGUACCUGCAUAAAAACGGCGCCAAGGUCUUCCUGUUUGACGUUAUCCCUCCGAAGGAAGAUGUACCGGAUGGAAUUACGUUUGUCCAAGGGGACAUCCGCAGCUACGUGCAGGUAGCGAGCGCGGUCUCCGGUGUGGACUGCGUGUUCCAUGUGGCGUCCUACGGCAUGUCUGGCCGGGAACAACUGGAGCCGCUUCUCAUCGAGGAGGUUAAUGUAGAAGGCACCCAAAACGUCGUAGAGGCCUGCAUUCAGUGCAGUGUACCGCGGCUCGUCUACACCAGCACUUUCAACGUGGUGUUUGGAGGUCAGGAGAUACAAAACGGAGAUGAGAGCCUCCCGUACCUGCCGCUCCAUCUCCACCCGGACCACUAUUCCCGGACUAAGUCCAUUGCGGAGAUGGCUGUCCUCAAAGCUAAUGGAACAGCACUGAGGAAUGGUUUUGGGAUGCUUAGGACGUGUUCCCUGCGCCCGGCUGGAAUUUACGGGCCCGGGGAGCAGAGGCACCUUCCCAGAGUCGUGGGCUACAUCGAAAGUGGGAUCUUCAGGUUCAUCUAUGGGAAAGCCAGCAGUUUGGUGGAGUUUGUCCAUGUGGACAAUUUGGUCUCAGCGCACUCGCUCGCCGCCGCUGCUCUGACCGCCCAGAGGUCCCACUGCGCUGCCGGCCAGGCCUACUUCAUCUCAGAUAGCCGUCCCAUCAACAACUUUGAGUUCUUCAGACCCCUUGUAGAAGGGUUGGGGUACCCUUUCCCAACGCUGCGCCUCCCCGUCUCCCUGGUUUACUUCGCUGCGUUCCUCAUUGAAACCGUCCACCGCCUUGUGGCGCCGUUCUACAAUUUUCAGCCACUGCUGACACGCACAGAGGUCUACAAGACCGGGGUGACACACUACUUCAGCACAGCCAAGGCCGAGGCCCAGCUGGGAUACCGGCCCAAGGAGUACGACCUCGACGAAGUUGUUCAGUGGUUCCGCAGCAGGGGGUACGGGAGGAAGCGGCAGAGUUCUGGUGUCAGUCGAAAGCUGGUCAAUCUCCUGGUUGUUGUUGCAUUUAUGGCCGCAGUUCUCUCAUUUUUACCAGUUGUCGGCAGCUGAUUGUUACGUGUACUGUGUUGAACUUUAAAGGAGACCUGCGUUUUUCACAAUUUGAAACAGUUCCCAGGUGUUUAAUUCAGAAACAAGAAUUACAGUAAACACUCUGCUGGACCAAGCCCUGCCACAAAUGGCAAAACAACACAUGCAAUUGUGCUCCCCUUAAAAUAUUUGCAAUUUCCCAUACAGAGAAUUUCCCUGUAGUUUAAACAAGUAGCCAUGUACCACCGAUUAUGAUCUCAUCUGAAAUGUUUAAUGUGAUAAAUGGGUUAUAAUUAGCACUUUAUCCAAUGACCAAACUGCUUUUUAAAGCCUCGCAUUCACCCACUCACUCACAUUCUUGUGCCAUUGGACAGCUGCUGCCAUGCACGGUGCUGCCAGGCCCACUGGGAGCAAAUUAGUCUCGACUGUUUUGCCCAAGUGCUGUGAUACACUCAGUUUUUGGACAAAAAAGUUGUCGGGCAAAAAUGGCCCAAAAGUGCACGUUUUGUUUCAGUCAUUAAAACAUUCUACCAUUAAUGUAACAUGUACAACCCAAUUCAGAUGAAUAAAUGUUGGGGAGGGGAGAAAUAAAUAAAGAACAGAUACAAUUUUGGUUGGAGUUGCACGUGUGCACAAACGCUUAUGCAGUCCCCUCCAAAAGUAUUGGAACCGGAGGUCAAUUCCUUUGUUUUAUUGCUUACUGAAAACAUUUGGGUUUCAGAUUCAAAUAUGAAAAUGAAACAAAAGUUCAUCAUUCCCAGUUUGUUUUAUAGUAUUUACAUCUCAAUGUGUAAACUCGGGACAGAGCACCUUUAGUUUGAACCCACCCACCUUUCAAAUGAGCAAAAGUAUUGGGACAGACCGAUUAAUUCAAAAUCCAAUAAUCCAGUACUUUUCUAGGGGACUAGUCAAGAAUUUGUCUGUUCAGAAUUAACCAGUCACAUCCAAAUUCAUGUUUAAUGGGAAUCUGCAUGCAGCUGCCACCCGACAGCUUGACACUGACUGCUACUUGGAACUGUUCAUAAUUUUUUGGCAAAAGGCCCCAUUUCCAAAUGAAGAGAACAGCCUCAAAGCAUGUUACCAAGACUAGUUCACUAUAAGUAUGGCAUUUUUUUGGGGGGAAGGGGGGUGAUAAUUGGUGUUGUUUCUGGAAAACAUGUUUUAGAAUUAUGGCCCAAAAGUUUCUUCUGGCCAUAACAUUUUCCCAUAUGCGUUUGGAAGAUUUCAGGCGGUUUUCAUUUCUUUGUAAAAUAAGGCUUCCAUCUUGCCACCCUACUUUUAUCUUAAAUACACGAAAAAGCCGGAAAGGUUGCCGUUUUUUAAAUUGCAAUAAUAUUCUGUACCGUUUAUCAAUGUAGAACUUAACCCUUUAGAACACAGACCCUUUUAAUAAAAUGGAUUCAUACUUGCUUCA